UUAUUGAUGUUCUCGUUCUUGGUAACGCGCCUUUCAACAAUAAAUAAUUUGUUUUCAUAUAAUGUUAUUUAUUAGUUAACUAUUUUUACCUUGAAACGAUUCAAUUUCAAAUGAUUGAUAUGUUUGAGGAAGUGAUUAUAGAUGAACACUCUCCGAACUAUGAUGAAAUGGAUUAUUUUGUGGACGAGGAGGAAAGGCAGACCGUUAAAAAAGUUGAGGUGAAACUUCCAAAAGGAAUAAUUGUAAGGAAAUGCAGAGAACAGAUUGCGAAGCCAAAACCUGUAAUACCUGGUAAAAAUGGAAAAUCUGUUGGGAUCAAAGUCAAUGAGCCGCCGAUUCCGGCAAGGAAAGUUCCGAUCGUGCGAAAACCUGGAGAAAUCGUUACUCCGGUUCACCUAAGACCACGAGAGCCGGUGAAAGUGUCCCCUUCUGUGAAACCAGCAUCCGAGUUGAUAAUGAAAGCGGAGUUUGAAGCGACAAGAGUCGGAGUGGAAUCACCUACAGCAAAAUCAAGUUCUAAACAACUUUCAACGCGAAGAUCUCAACCAGAACCGGACCCAGAGGUAAAUGGACAGUAUGACUUAGAACACAGCAAUGAUGACGGAAUCGAUGAAGUUUCACAAGACCUGAAUGUGUCAGCCAACGUGGUGGGUCCUUCCACGGAACAACUGAAUCGCAUCGAGAAGAAAAUGGAUCUUAUUUUGGGGAAGAUGAAUCAAAUUAUGUCAAAGUUGACCAGUCACGAUGGAUCAUUGAAAUUGCUGAAAAAAAGGGUCAACGAUCUUCGAUCAGAGUCUGUCCGUGACACUCAGUCUCCUCCACCCAAAAGGAGGAAGAAUCUAGUAACAUUUCCCGUAACAGACGACAACUAUCUACUUCGGCUAGAAGAGCUAUCCAGCACAGACGACGAAAUCCAGAGAGAAAUUGUUACCCUGUAUAACGAUGCCCCAGAUAGCGGCAUUUACGAGUAUAUGCGCAAAAAUACAUACGCCCUUUUCCAAAACACCUCGAAGUAUACAUGGACCGGGAGACUUCCCUCUUUGCCACCUACGAAUGCGGCGUGCAAAUUACAUCUCAUUGAGCUGUUAAUCUCAUGUGGAUGCGACAAGUUUCCUAAUUCUUCCCGAGAUCACAUAGAGAAAGAAUUCCGACGAGCGUUGCAUAACUUCAACGAGACGAGAAGUGCAACAAGGAAACGAAGGUUGGAUAGGAGUAAACUUAUGUCGCAGAUUGAAAUUUUAUGAAAUUUCGGUUAAAAUAUUUCGAAAUCUGGGUACAAGUAUAAGUUUGAAGAGAAAUAAAUGUCAAUGCGAUUAAAUAGAAA